AUGACUGAAAUGCGCACCCUGAUUCAGCAAACCGCCACCUCUAAAACACUCACUCUAACAAACACACCCCGCCCAACCCCAGCCGGAGAUGAACACCUGAUCCAUGUGAAAGCCUGUAGUCCCUGUGCAGGCGAGCUACUCUGGCCAGCCAACUUCCCACCCCCAAAUCCACGCACUCUCGUUCCAUGCCCUGACGUGGCGGGAAUAGUGAUAUCGGCACCAGCAGGCUCACCCUUUAAACCGGGUGACUCGGUCUAUGCACGCACCAAUUACAUUCGGCCUGGAAAUGCCUGCGAUUAUGCUGUCAUUCCAACAGAUGAGCUGGCGCAUAUGCCCCAGGCUUUGAGCUUUGUACAGGCUGUCACGGUGCCUGUUUCUGCGCAGACGGCGUGGCAGAUUUUACUUGUCCAGACGUUUGGGGAACUGGAUUGGGAGGGUGCUCAGAAGAUCUGGAAUGGGAAGAGAGUUCUUGUCACUGCUGCAUCCGGGGGUGUUGGGAUGUGGGUUGUGCAGUUGGCGAAAUUACUUGGAGCAGAGGUGAUUGGGACUGCGGGGGUUAAUAAGGGGAUUGUGAAAGAACUUGGGGCAGAGGUGCUGGACUAUCGAACUACGGAUCUUAAAGAGUGGGCCAGAAAGGAGAAGGUGGAUGUGGUUGUGGACUGUGUUGGGGGGAAGUCUUUACGGGAUGCAUGGUGGACUGUUCAGGAUGGGGGAGUUGUGUUGAGUAUCUUCCAGCCCCCUUUGAUGAUGAAGCCGGAAGAAUUUGAGGGAGAGAAUGUGAAAGAUCAUUUCUUCGUUAUGCAACCGGUUGGUCGCCAGUUGGAGGAGAUCACGAAGUUGAUUGAAGGGGGGACUUGUCGUGGGAUGGUCGAUAGUGUUUGGCCUCUUGAGCAGUAUGAGGAGGCAUUCAGGAGGCUGGAUACAGGCCAUGCAAAGGGGAAGAUUGUUUUCGAUCUGGAAUUGAACUAG